AAAAAAGUGAUCCAGAAUCUGAAGGAUGUGACACCGCACGACGUCGUAUCUUGAACUCGUCGCGUCAAAUUUCCCUUCUCCCCUUUCCCUCGUCGUGCCUCGAAACCGAUACACAGCGUCAGUAGCAAGCAAAGCAAAGCAAGCUCGAACUGAUUCACCAAAUAAGCGAAAAGGGAGAAGCAAAAAUUUUUAAAAAAAAUUGCAGGUCUGAACUCAUCAAUGGCUGAACCCAAAGUUAAAUACGAUCGCCAACUCAGAAUAUGGGGUGAACAAGGACAGGCAGCCCUUGAGAAGUCUAGUAUUUGCUUACUUAACUGUGGUCCUACUGGUUCUGAAACACUUAAGAAUCUUGUUCUUGGUGGGGUUGGAAGCAUCACUGUAGUUGAUGGAUCUAAAGUUGAAGUGGGUGACCUUGGAAACAAUUUUUUGGUGGAUGAAUCAAGCCUUGGGAAAUCAAAGGCAAAAUGUGUAUGCUCGUUUCUUCAAGAGCUGAAUGAUGCAGUUAAAGCAAAAUUUGUAGAAGAGUCUCCUGAAACAUUGAUUGAAUCAAAUCCAUCAUUCUUUUCUCAAUUUACUUUGGUUGUUGCCACUCAGCUCGUGGAAAAUUCAAUGAUAAAGCUUGACCGAAUCUGCAGGGAGGCAAAUGUUAUUUUGAUCUUCGCUCGCUCCUAUGGCCUUACAGGGUUUGUUCGAAUUAGUUUGAAGGAACAUGCUGUGGUUGAGUCAAAGCCUGAACAUUUUUUGGAUGAUCUUCGGUUAAAUAAUCCUUGGCCUGAACUCAAGAGAUUUGCAGACGACAUUGACUUGAAUGUGCAAGAUCCUGUGGCUCAUAAACACAUACCAUAUGUUGUCAUUCUUGUCAAGAUAGCUGAUGAGUGGGCCAAAAGCCAUGGUGGUAGGCUUCCAUCGACCAGAGAAGAAAAAAAGGAGUUCAAGGAGCUACUUAAGGCUGGGAUGGUUGCACCAGAUGAAGAUAAUUAUAAAGAAGCUAUUGAUUCAUCAUUCAAAGUAUUUGCUCCCCGAGGAAUAAGUUCCGAGUUGCAACAGAUACUAAAUGAUAGUUCUGCUGAAGUGGACUCUAAUUCUUCAGAUUUUUGGGUGUUGGUGGCAGCUCUGAAGGAUUUCAUUGCAAAUGAAGGUAGUGGGGAGGCCCCUCUUGAAGGAUCUAUACCGGAUAUGACUUCUUCUACUGAGCAAUAUGUGAAUUUGCAGAAUAUCUAUCAUGCUAAAGCUGAGGCUGAUUUUCUUGCAAUUGAACGUCUAGUGAGAAGUACUUUGAAGAAGAUUGGUAGAGACUCAAAUAGCAUUCCAAGGCCAGCAAUUAAAAGCUUCUGUAAAAAUGCAAGAAAACUCAAAGUUUGCAGGUACCGUCUAAUUGAAGAUGAGUUUAAUUCUCCAAAUCUACCCGAGUUACAGAAGUACCUAACUGAUGAGGAUUACAGCAUGGCUGUGGGAAUCUACAUUUUGCUUCGUGCUGUUGACCGGUUUGCUGCUAAUUACAACAGUUUUCCAGGACAGUUUGACAGUGCAAUGGAUGAGGAUAUACCUCGAUUAAAGAGCACAGCAAUUGGCCUACUUAAUGACUUGGGAUGCAAUGGUGCCACUUUGGCUGAGGACCUUAUCAAUGAGAUGUGUCGAUUUGGUGCUGCGGAGCUUCAUGCUGUUGCUGCUUUGGUCGGAGGAAUUGCAUCACAAGAAGUGAUCAAGCUCAUAACAAAGCAAUUUGUACCAAUGUCCGGAACCUACAUAUUCAACGGCAUUGACCACAAGUCGCAGCUGUUGUCAUUGUAACUGCUUGUACUAUGAGUUCUAUCGGAAGAUUCAAGUGUUUGGUGGGGCGGACACUCGUCUAUAAACAACGGCUUCCUUUAGUCUAAUGCACACUACCGAGGCAUUUUUGCUCGUUUGGUGGACAAAACUGGAUUCUUGUUUUAUACAAAAAUUUUGUAUCUACGGACAUGGAUGCCCAAGAGAGGGAAAUUGAUAUUUAUUUGUAAAAUUGAACAGUCCACCUUAUUAAAUGAACUCUACGUUUAUAUGUAACUAAAAGCACUUUUUAGCUGCUGCUUCAAUGUAAUUGCAGGGAAAUCACAUUAUCAUUGCACAAUACGAACCA